AUGUUUGUUAGAAAAAAUAUACAGAAGGUCUUAAAUGAGUGUGUUGAAGCUGAGAACUGGCUUAGGGAGAAGAAGAAGCAGCAGGACUCACUUCCAAAAUAUGCCAAUCCUGUACUCUUGUCCGCUGAAAUAAGAAAGAAAGCUGAGGCUGUUGAUAGGUUCUGCAAGCCGAUUAUGACAAAACCAAGGCCAGCCAAGCCAGCUACGCCGCAGACACCACCAACCCCACCUUCUCAGGGUGGUGAGCAGCAGCAACCUCAGGGGGAUGCUAAUGCCAACACUCAUGAGAAUGGAGGGAAUAACGGUAAUCAGGCCCCACCAGCUUCUUCUGAACCAAUGGAGACUGAUAAGCCAGAGAACUCAGGCUCUACCUAAUCUUUUUAUGUUGGUUUGUUCUCAUCUCAAGUUCAUGCUAGACUGGUGGGUAGUGUAUAUGUACUACCUUGUGUAUGAUAAUCAUAUCAGUUCAGUUUGGCCUGGAAAAGUGGUUUUGGUUUUGGGCAGGAUCACAGUGAGUGGCUGUCUGGUGUAGAACCCUUUGUUUGUUGGCUGGUUAGUUACUUGAGUUUCAAUCAACA